AUGAGAACCCCGCUGUUUCUGCUGCUCGGGCUGCUGCUCUUUCUGCCCGCGGGGGACUCCGCCGUCAUUACGGGGGCUUGCGACAAGGAUCCACAAUGUGGGGUUGGUAUGUGCUGUGCCAUCAGUAUCUGGAUUCAAAGUUUGAGAAUGUGUACACCACUGGGCAACGUGGGAGACAGCUGUCAUCCACUGGCUCGUAAAGUUCCAUUUUGGGGGAAGAGAAUGCAUCAUACCUGCCCGUGUCUUCCAGGCUUGGCCUGCGCUAGGACUCCGUAUUACCAAUUCCGAUGUUUACCCAAGAAAUAGAGAUCAGUUUUAGCAGAAUAAAAUUAAAUGUCAACAACAA